AUGGACCAAGACAACACGACUCUCCCACCAACCACUGGAGCAAAUUCCAGCCAGACCCCAGCUGCUGUGAGCGCCGCUCACCUGGUCACAGCUGUGUUGCUUUUCACCACCUUCCUGGUGGGUGUGGCGGGGAACGGGCUGUACCUGUGGGUGCUGGCACUUAAGAUGAGGAGGACAGUGACCACCCUCUGGUUCCUUCACUUGGUCUCCUGCUACCUUCUCUUCACCCUGCUGAUCCCCUUCUUCGCCGUCUAUGUCCUCCUGGGUUUCCACUGGGUCUUCGGCACGGCCAUGUGCAAGCUUCUCAACACCUGCAUCUCUGUGGGCAUGUUCACCUCCGUCUUCCUUCUCACCCUCAUCAGUCUGGACCGCUACAUCCUCACUCACCAUCCCAUCUGGUCUCGGAAUCACCGCAUCGUGCCCCGGGCUCAGAAGUUAAUUGUGGGCGUGUGGCUGGCCUCCUUCGGUCUCAGCACUCCCUACCUGGCUUUCCGGGAGACCCAGGUGGUGGAUGGGGGCAGAAUCAUCUGCAUCAACAAUUAUGCCCUUUCCAGAGACUGGAAUGGAGCCGAGCCACAGGAGCUGAGAAGACGGGUCCACCUGGCGGUCUUCAUGGUCCGGUUACUGCUGGGCUUCCUGCUGCCGUUCUGCACCAUCGCGGGAUGCUAUGGCCGGGUGGGGCUGAAGAUGAAGGAGAAGAAGCUGGUGUGGGCUGGGAAGCCCUUCAAAGUCAUGGUGGCUGCGGUGGUUUCCUUCUUUCUCAGCUGGCUCCCCUACCACCUCUACCAGAGCUUGAACUUUUACAAGAAGGAGGUGCCAGAAUCAGUGAUGGGUGCUCUCUUGGUCAUUUACACCUUCUCAUCCUGCUUCAACACCUGCUUCACCCCAAUCCUCUACCUCUUUGUGGGGGAGAAGUUCUGGCAGGUCUUCAGGACGUCUCUUCUCACUCUGGUCAAAGCAGCGUUUGUCGAUGAUCUCGGCAGCAGUGCCCUCGAGUAUAGUGGAAGACACGGGUCAGAAGUUGAGAACACAAGAAAAGAGGUGGUCUGA